AUGAGAACUAUUCAAAAUUUUGAUGGAAUGAAAGCAAUUGUUACUGCAUUACAAUCUGUUUCAGUGUUUAGACUUAAAGUAUCAUGGGAAAUACUUCAACAAAGUACAAAAAAUAUAUUUAAAAAUUUAGUUCAUUUAUGUUCAGAAGAUAAUAAUUUUACUGAAUUAAGAAAAAUAAUGAAUAUUGCAAUACCACCAACAAUUCCAUUUAUUGGAAGUACAUUAACUGAUUUAAUUUAUACAAGUGAUGGUAAUAAAGCAUCAACAAAUAAUAAAUAUAAUUUUUAUAAAUUACGUGGAAUAGGUAAUUUAAUUAAAGAAAUUCAAAUGAAACAAAAAACAUCAUUUUCAUUUAAUAUUGCACCAAAUGUAAGAGACUUUAUCAAUUCGAUUCAAGUAAUUUCUAAUGAAGAUCAAUUAUUUAAUUUAUCUCAAAAACAUGAACCAAAAGUUACUGAAAAAUUUAUAGAUUUAACAAAAAAACCUUAUAAACAUGAUUCUAAAGAAGCUAAAGAACUUCUUAAAUCAUAUCUUAAAAGAAUAAAACAAUUAAAAUAA